GUCCUGUUUACGCACGGAUCCAGAAGAGGAGAUACUCGACAGCAGGAGACUGUUUGAUUUCACGCUUGACUUUUAAGCACAUUUGGGGGGAAAACUAGGAUCAUGUCGGUUGUGAGCGCAGUUCCGUUCAUGAGGCCGAUCCACAUGCGCUCUCCGGUGUCGCAGGGCCGCAGACACACGCUGCCGGCCAGCGAGUUCCGCUCCCUGAGCCCGGAGGAUGCCAUCAGUGUGUUCGAGAUAGAGAGAGAAGCCUUCAUCUCAGUGUCCGGAGAGUGUCCUCUGCACCUGGACGAGGUGCGUCACUUCCUCAGCCUGUGUCCUGAGCUGUCUCUUGGCUGGUUCGAGGAGGGACGGCUGGUGGCGUUCAUCAUCGGCUCACUGUGGGACCAGGAGAGGCUUAACAUGGACGCCCUUACGCUCCACAAGCCCCACGGGACCACCGUCCACAUCCACGUCCUGGCCGUCCACCGCACCUUCCGCCAGCAGGGCAAAGGCUCCAUCCUCAUGUGGCGUUACCUGCAGUACCUGCGCUGCCUGCCCUACGUCCGCCGCGCCGUCCUCAUGUGCGAGGACUUCCUGGUCCCCUUCUACCAGAAGUCCGGCUUCAAGGUGCAGGGCCGCAGCGCCAUCGCGGUGGGGCCCCUCACCUUCAUCGAGAUGCUGUACCCGGUCAGGGGCCACGCCUUCAUGCGCAGGAACAGUGGGUGUUGAGAGGGGAUUUAUGUGAAUCUUCCACCUGGCUGUCAGUCAAGGGGGACGUCGGAGCACCUGUGUGUGAGGCGAGCGACCUGCGCCACUGCCAACAGACUUGUUCAGCACGCAGGUCUGACUGAGUCUGCAGAGCGCCCAAAACAAAGAGCUGCCGUUCAGCUGCAACCUGCAAGCUGUUUGGAAAGGUGGUCAGAAAACUACAAACAUGGAGAUCUAGUCUGCUAGUCCGAGAAAAGCAGGAAAUCAUUAGAGCAUUAUCAAUCACACUCUCGAGAAUCAAACUGCCUUCUGUCUUUCUCUUGUUUAACCAAUGGGACCGGACUUCUGGCUCUUUUAUGAAGACAAAACUGACUCUUUAUGGACAAUAAAACCUGAAUCUGUCUUUUCUUAAAGGACACACAUAAUACAAAAUCCUCUUCCCCAUGUUUCUCUAACUCUAACAUGUGUCUCUAGUCCGUCUACAAACCCCCCAAUCAUGA